AGUUUACGUGCAACAGAAAGCUUUUUUUUUUUUUUUAUGUAAGUUUAAGCUGUCCAAAUGUACAAAUUUUAAGUUCAAUUAAUAAGUUCAAAACCUUUCCUUUUUGAUUAUGAAACUCCUAACUCAUUUUCUAGCCAUACACAUGGCUGUUAUUGUUCUUACACACAUAGUACCUCCUUGGGUAUCAAAUAUUACAAAUAUUUAAUAAAAUAGGGCUAAUUAGAAAAUUUAACAAUACCAUAGUACAAAGGGUCCUAAACAUAUAUCUAAGGUUUUUCAAUAAAUUUUAAAAAGAGUAUUCAAAAGAUACUGUGUGAAAGAUCCUUAUUUUGUAUGUUCAAAAUAACAACAGACUAACAAUAUAGCUGUCCAGUGUCUUAACAAUGGAGCUUUAAUGGCUGGUGACAGUCUUGUAUACAUUCUUUUCUUCAUAGAGAAGAGUACUCCGCGGGGGACGAGAAUCCAAGAAGAAAUUGGAAGCAAGAAAUGUUCAGCUAUAAAUAACAGUUUCUUUACAAACUGUGUUGGUUAACAUGCAUAAAGUGAAGAUUCCAAUUAGACAUUGAUAUCUUUUAGGCUUAUGAUUUCCACGUGCAUAACAUUACUAUAUGAUCCAGAAAAUCCUACCUAUGUUUCAAGAUCGAGAGAGACGCUGAAGAGGCACCAUGAACAUGGAAGAAACAAAGUGGGUGGUCCAAAUCAAGGAGGAGCUCAAGAGCAAUGGUAUCUCUUCAGAGCAUGAGAAGGAACAAUGGCAGAGACAUUCCAUAUACAAGAUUCCUUCAAGAGUCACUGCAUUGAACAAAAGGGCGUACAGGCCUCAAGCAGUGUCAUUUGGUCCUUAUCAUCAUGGUGAAGAGCAUUUGAAGGACAUGGAAGAUCACAAGCAUCGAGCUCUGCUCCAUUUUCUCAAGAGGUGCAAAAAGCCAAUUGAGCUUAUCUUCCACUGCAUGGACCAAGUGGUUGAAAAGUUGAGAGGCUCGUACAAUCCACUGGAUGAAAUCUGGAUGCAGGACAGCCCAAGGUUCGUGCAGAUGAUGAUUGUUGAUGGGUGUUUCAUGUUGGAGAUCAUGAGAGCCAAUGAUGGUGUUCCUGAUGAUUAUGCAGAAAACGAUCCUGUGUUUGGACAACACGGGAAACUGAAUGUGGUGCCAUAUAUCAAACGUGACAUGCUUAUGCUCGAGAAUCAGCUUCCCUUCACGGUUCUUCGUAUAUUGAUUGAGCUUGAGAAUGACACAAACCAGGGAGAAGAGUUACUGAUGAAGCAAAUGUUGAAGUUCUUCUCCGCAGGGACACCCGAACCAAGAACCCUAGGCAAAUCCAUGCACGUGUUGGACGUCUACAGAAAAAGCCUCAUCUACCAAGGACCCACUCACCGAACGCGCGUCUCCAAACCAAAACGCAGAAGAAGGUUCCACGGCGACGACGAGAUCAUCCGCUCCGCAACAGAGCUCCAGGAUGCCGGAAUCCGCUUCAUGAAAAGCCGCACACACAGCCUCGGCGACAUCUCCUUCGGCGGCGGCGUGCUUCGGCUGCCAACCCUAGUGGUGGACGACACCACCGAGUACAUGUUCCUGAACCUCAUCGCCUUCGAGCGGUUACACGCGGAAGCAGGAAAUGACGUCACCUCGUACAUAUUCUUCAUGGACACCAUCGUCGACAGCGAGAUGGACGUGGCGCUUCUCCACCGAAACGGGAUUCUGGUGAACGCUCUCGGCAGCGACAAGGCGGUUGCGAAACUGUUCAACUCGCUUUCGAGGGACAUUGCUGUGGAUCCGCAUGGAGUGUUAGAUGUGGUGAGGAUGAGCAUGAGUAACUACUGCAAGAAACCAUGGAACAUGUGGCGCGCCAAUCUCAUCCACACCUACUUCAGAAACCCUUGGGCUAUUGUGUCCCUUGUUGCUGCGGUUUUUCUCUUCGCUCUUACCAUUGUUCAGACCGUUUACACCAUUGCUUAGUUUUAUCAACCUUCAACUCCUAACUCCCCCUCCUCUUCCUUCGUCAAACCUUCACCAAAACCAUGGCAUCGUCCCUGAUUCAUUCAGAUCCCUCACAACUUCAACUUUUAUUUAUUCUGUUUCAUUAUUUCUCAU